AUGAAGAGGCAGCCGAGUCUCUUCUUUAAAUUACCCACUAGAUCCUUGGUAUUCUAUUUUAGCCUGUCUUCCUCUAUCAUCUUUCUCACUUUCAUAAUCAUUUGGGUCAACAAAACCACUCCUCCUAAUUCAGUGGUGCAGGCCCAAGAAAUAGGCAGCUGUCUACAGUUCAACACAUCCUCACUCGUUUCGGGUUUCAGACCACCCAUAGGCGCUGUGCCUUUUCACACUAAUUUGACUGGUAAUUUCAAUACAAACAUUUCAGUUACAGUAAAUGGCCCGGAAGAAUUGGUCUCCAGUAAGCCUGAUGAAAAUACUUCUGGCUUUUCUGGGAUGAAUUCAUUUGUUAGUAGUGGGUUACAGACGAAGGAGAACCAAUCCCAAGUGCCACGACAUGAUGAAGAAGACAGAGGCGGUGGUGAGUUGGACGGUAACUUCACAGCAGCAGCACAAAGUACACCUGCAAUGUUAUUUGACAAGAUUGAGAUGAAGAAUGAAGAGCAAAAUACUCCAUGGAACAAGACUGAAGAGAAAAAUACUCCAUUGAACAAGACUGAAGAGCAAAAUGCUGCUUCUGGCUUUUCUGGGGUUAAUUCACUUGUUAGUGGGUUACAGGAGAAGGAGAACCAAUCCCCACUGGCACAACGUGAUGAAGAAGACAGGGUUGAGUUAAACUUCACAGCGGUGGCACCGCAAAGUGCACCUGCAAUCUUAUUUGACAAGAUUGAGCUCAGCACCGAAGAGCAAAAUGCUCCAUUGAUGAACAAGAGUGAAGAGCAUACUGCUCAAUCGAUGACCAAGACUGAAGAGAAAAAUGCUCCAUCGAUGAAUAUGACUGAAGAGAAAAAUGCUUCAUUGAUGAACAAGACUGAAGAGCAAAGUGCUCAAUUGAUGACCAAGACUGAAGAGCAAAAUGUUCCAUUGAGGAAUACGACUGAAGAGGAAAAUGCUCCAUUGUUGAAUACGGUUGUUGAGCAAUAUGCUCCACUGAUGAACAAGACUGAAGAGCAAACUGCUCCAUUAAUGAACAAGACGGAAGUGCAAGAUGCUCCACUGAUGAACAUGACUGAAGAGCAAAAUGCUGCUUCUGGCUUUUCUGGGAUUAAUUCACUUGUUAGUGGGUUGCAGAGGAAGGAGAACGAGUCCCAGGUGGCAGAAGUGGCACAAAGUGCACCUGCGGUCUCAUUUGACAAGAUUGAAAUCAAGACUGAAGAACAAAAGGCUCCAGUACCACUGAUGAACAAGACUGAUGGGCAAAAUGAUGCAUCGAGUAAAAGGAUUGAAGUCAUAAGUAGAAGGAGGAGAAGAAAGAACAAGAAAAACAGAGGAACUUCAUUUGAUCCAAAUACUCAAGUUUCAAGUAGCGAAGUCCCCAAGAACAACAGAACAACUUCAUUUGAUCAAAAGACUCAAGUUUCAAGUAGCGAGAUGGUGCAGGCUGAAGACAAGAAAAUAAUAAUAAAAGGAGGAUGUGAUUUUAGUACAAGAGGGAGGUGGGUGUAUGAUAAGAGCUAUCCCUUGUACACAAAUCGUUCAUGUCCUUUCAUAUUUGAAGGUUUUGACUGUCAAGGAAAUGGGAGAUCAGACAAAGACUACAUGAGUUGGAGGUGGCAACCACAAGAUUGUGACAUUCCAAGGUACUUACUUCCUUGUUCAUAA